AUGACCGUAGUGAUUCGAGUCGGAAAGUGCUCAGGGAGGAGGCGGCCGUUGGGUGGAGCUUUCUUAAUUUGCCUGCCGCCUCACUCGGUAUAAACGUUUUCGUUACUCGCCAAACCUAUCUCUUUACCUUGGCUCUUCGGAACUACUUCUUAUGUUUUUCCGUUGUCUAUUUUUCCGAAAUUAUCUGUUCCGAGUAGAAAAGUCGUGGUGAACGCCGAUAUUACCCAAAGAAAUAGUUUUAGUCCGUCUGAUAAGCAAUAAUUUGGUUUCCCGUUUCAUUGAGACAUCAAAUGAGAUCAUUUUUCUUUGAAUCUACUUCUGAGGAAGCUUCCGAAGGGAAAUCCUCCGAAAAAGAAAAAGUUUCUGACUGCAGGUAAAUGAAGAUUUUCGUCAUCGUAGUCACUUUGCUCGUUUCGCAAAUAACAGCCCACUUCAACCACCAAGGUUCCUUUUUCACGACUCUUGUUGAAAUCCAUGAGAACAUCUUCAGAUGCGAAGGAAAAACGAGCUGCCGGCGACAUCAACGGCGAAGGAAUCGACACAGAUUGGAACUCUCUCGGCUGGGCCUGGGGAAAACGGAGCUCGCCAGACUUCCAGGUGUUUUCUUCAUAGGUGUCAUUUUCUGCAACUAUAACUUCGCUUAGAAGAUGCGCAGUUUCUUGCUCUUCUUUUUGAAAUAUGUCAAGGUGUUGGAAAUGAGCUCUUCCAGAUUCCGAUGCGAUACCUCAGAGCAGUACAUCCAGUGAAGAAAAAUCCAGAUUGGCAUGACCUCGGCUGGACUUGGGGCCGGCGGAAGUGA